AAUCCCAGAGAUUAUUUAGCCAAGGGGAGGGGCCGCGUAGCUGCAAUCUGAAUAGGUAGGCUCUCCCGCUCGGGGGUACUACUACUUGUCUUCUGUCUCUGUGUCCAGUCCACUCCACGCGCACAGCCUCAUUCAUCUCUGCCAGUCCUGCCGCGCUCCCCCUCCCUGCCUGUGCCUGAUCCCAAUCACCACGCCCGCAUAAUCCGAUCCGGGAACGUGCCUGUCCAUGGCGGACACCUCGUCGGCGCCGCUGCUGCCGCGGAAGAAGUCGCCAUCAUCGGCGGCGCAGUACACGCGGUGCGCGUCGCACGCGGGGGACGAGCUCCGCAGCUUCCGCGCCUGCCUCCGCUGGAUGUGCGUGGACCACACGGACGGGCUCCGCUCCGCGGGGUCGUGGGCGGUCUUCUUCCUCCUGGCCGUCGCGGCGCCCUCCGCCGUCACCCUCGCUCUCCCGGCCUCGGCGCCGCAGCGGCCCUUCGACGGGCAGGUCCAGGCCUCCCUCACCCUGGCCGCCGCGCUCGCCUACUUCUCCCUCUCCUCCUUCCUCCGCGUGGGGCUCCGCCGCCUCCUCUGCAUCGACCGCCUCCGCCACGACUCGGACGAGGUGCGCGCCGGAUACACGGCCCAGCUCAACCGCUCCUUCCGGAUCCUCGCCUGCUUCCUCGUGCCUUGCUCCCUCGCCGAGGCCGCCUACGAGGCCUACUGGUACUGGGCCGCCGCGCCCUUCCGCUCGCCAUGGUGGAACGCCGCCGUCUGCGCGCUCGACGUCGCGUCCUGGGUCUACCGCACCGCCAUCUUCUUCAUGAUCUGCGUGCUCUUCCGGGUCAUCUGCUACCUGCAGGUGCUAAGGAUGGUGGGCUUCGCCAGGGAGUUCGGCAGGUUCGCGGAAGUUGCCGUCGUGCUCGAGCACCACCGCCGGAUCAGGGAGCAGCUCCGCCGGAUCAGCCACAGGUACCGCAGGUUCAUCAUCCUCUGCCUCGUGCUCGUCACCGCCAGCCAGUUUGCCGCGCUGCUCGCCACCACCAGGCCACAUGCCACCAUCAAUCUCGCCACCGCCGGCGAGCUCGCGCUCUGCUCGGUGAGCCUGGUGGUCGGGUUGCUGGUCUGCCUCCACAGCGCCGCCAAGAUCACCCACAAGACGCAGUCGAUCACGAGCGUGGCGGCUGCCUGGCACGCGGACGCCACCAUCCACGCCUUCGACAACGACCUGGAGGACCCCGACCCGGCCCUGCCCGCCUCCACGGGCUACAUGGCGCCCGCCAACGCCUACCGGCUGGCCUCCGGCGAGGAGUCCGAUGACGACGACGACGACGAUGCCAGGAGCGAGGACUCUCUCGACGACUCCAAGCUCGUCCCCUUCCAGGUCAACAACAUGUGCUUCCAGAAGAGGCAGGCCCUUGUGACGUACCUGGAGAACAACCGGGCGGGGAUCACGGUGUACGGCUUCGUCGUCGACCGGACAUGGCUGCACGCGCUCUUCAUGAUCGAGUUCUCGCUCGUCAUGUGGCUGCUGGGGAAGACGGUUGGGAUAUCUUGAAGGUCCCGGCUCUCUCUUUGCUGGCUUGCUGCUGUUGGCGCUGGCCGAUCUCUUGUCAAGUCUGAUGCAGAGGGUUACGCUAGGGCGGAUGUAUAAAGGAAGAUGAAACACAAAUGAUGAUAUGGAGGGCUAUUACUUGUGUAGGUUCAUCUGAUGAAUGUUAUGAGAAUAUUACUCCCCCCUUCUAAAUUCUUGUCGUGGUUUUAGAACAAAUUUGAACUAAAUCCGCAACAACAAUUUAGGAUAGGAGAUAGUACUAGUUACCAAAGGUUGGUUCAAUUUAAUAAUGAGAGUAGUACCGGUUUUGAAAGUUAAUCAGAUGAGCACUGACUGUGCUUGUUGA